GAGAGGACCCUGCAUGGGCGAUUGAGCGAGAUCAGCUUGUUCGACCCAACUGCAGCACCUCGGCUACGUUCUCCUACUCCGCCGCCAUCUCCAGGUGUAAACAUAGUCCCAACUCUGGGCAAUUACGGGGAUAGUGGAAGCAGAUUUACCCACUUGAGGAGGUUACAACAUCCGGAAGUAAUCCAAGCGCCCUUCGAAAUCGCCCCUCUUUUCCCCUAUGAGAGAUCCGUAGUGUACCUCCUUGUCCCCCCCACAACCAACCAAUUAAAGUAUGCAAAGUUCGUCACUUUGAGCGCAACCACAGUUGCUGGUUCCAAGCUUUCGCUUUCAAUUCCGAUCACCCGCAUCAGGCAUCCAGGGGAGACCGUUCACCAACUCGCUGCUAGGAUGCUAUUGCGCGAUCUCGAGCAGGGGAAAAGCUGGCUUCAUUCUGGUCAGUACGGUGCUCCAGCAGGGGACUCAGCGGCAAUUCAGGAGUACGUACAGAGAGAAGGUGAAGACAUUGGCAUAAGGUGGUCACUGGCGAGUAAAUGGACUAGCUUCAUGGGUGUCGAAGAAUUACUGGAUGAUGCACUGAUCCCGACCCCCAUGUCACCUGAGGGAGAGCUUUCGGGAUACCCGAAGGCCAGGCAUUCGGCUCUCGGAAUCCCCAGUAGAUUACCUGAAACGAGAGCGGACAAUGAAAGUAGAACGCCCAUUGCCAAUUCCAUCUCCCCCGAAUUCAGUAGCAUGCCCCUGCCAGGGCGCGAACCUCCUCGUGCGCUCCCCACGGUGGCAGGCUCUGGGGCUCGGCGGGCCAUCGCGGCAAGGGCUCGACAGAUGAAUAGUGGAUUUAACGAUUUUAGUCGUCUCCUGGAGCCGAGGGAUACGCCUGACCCCGCACAUCCCGUGUGGGAGCCUCCUACGCGGCAUCCAGAUCAGGGCGCACCACUGCGGCACCACCGCACACCAACCCUACAGCAAGAGCCCACUUGGGACAGCUCAAAAGAGAGUGGUGACAGUAUCCCUGAUACGGAGGAACCAAUAUCCCCAGGAAAAGUGAUGAGGCAUGCGGUACAACAUCAACAUCAGCAUCAACCUCAACCUCAACCUCAACCUCAACCUCAACCUCAACCUCAACCUCAACCUCAACCUCAACCUCAACCCCAGCAACCACCCCAACAGCAACAGCAACAGCAACAACUACAGGGGCGGUCCCAUGAAGAGCAAUCGCGUCUAUCCCAGUGGGCUAAUACCCUUGCAGGGCUUUUUCCGGAGCGCAGAGCCUACAGAGACCGCCCACCUCCAUGUAAAGUCUGGAGAGAGCGAAACCUCGGUCCAGAGAAGUUAUCAAGAGAGGUAGUUCUCCAACCGGAUACAUUAAGUCCGGUAUUUGGACUGAAUGGCUCGGGCGUCCAGGCCGAGGCGCAACCACCGCUAUCUCUAGUCGCCCCGAGGCAGGCGCGGCUUCGACCUAAAAUUGAGCCCUUCGGUCAGCCUGCCUCCUCCGACGAAUAUCUGCCGGAAGAGUGCUUUGUAUAUAACGAAAGAUUUGCCCCUAUAGAGCCCCUACAGCCUACCCCCUCAUCCGUCGGACCACACCCCUCGACCAUUCUCUCGAACCCUUUCGCUACCUAUGAUUCAGGCCCCACCAGGAACGACGAAGCAUUUGUAGACGGGCCCAAUAUGUACAAGCCCCGCAGCAUAUUUCCAGCCCUCCGGGCACCCGCUAGAUCAGUUGACAUCAACAGACUCAUAGAGGCGCAGAAUUUUGACGGCAGCUUCCGUAUUGCGGAUGUUUAUGUUGUUCAACUUCUCGGUCCCCUCAUCGAUUUACUGCCUGAGUCAUGCGGGGGGGAUAAAAUCGGUUGGGCGGCGCUGCUAGUUGCAGUAUUCCUAGAGAGAAAGUGUGCUUCUCUUAGAGAUGUAUGGGAAUUGGUUGCUGUGAAGAUUUGGGCGUUUUUGCGUAACAGAAAAAGACUGAGAAUGGGGGAAGCGAGAAAGGUAGCGGAGGAAUUAGUCGCUAGGUUGGAAUAA